AUGAUAAUCUGGGCUGUAGGCACAACGAACAAGGCGAAGCUGGACUCUGUCGAUAUUGCUGUUCGUAUGUGCUUUCCGAGUUAUCAGCACGAUGUUCGUCCUGUGGCAGUACUUUCCAUAGUUCGUGCACAACCCAUCUCGGCCGAGGAGUCGCAACAGGGUGCACAGCACCGGGCUCAUGAAGCCCUGAGUCUUGUCCCUGAGGCUCAUUAUGGCGUUGGACUAGAAGGCGGACUGGAGAAAAUAUCGGAUCGAUGGUUUGAAUGUGGUUGGAUGUAUGUGAUAGAGCGCUCUACUGGGAGGUGUGGAAUAGGCUCUUCCGCACGCUUUGAGAUGAGCCAAAAGCUUAUGAGCAAGAUUCUUGACGAGGGCAAGGAACUAGCGGAGGUAAUGGAUGAGAUGACCGGUGAGACAGAUGUAAGGUCUGGACAGGGUGCAAUGGGAGUAUUGACAGCUGGAUAUUUGAACCGUGCUGAGUCCUAUUCUCACGGUCUGAUCUUUGCGCUAGCUCCAUUUCUUUCCGAUCACAAAUAUUGGGACUAA